ACAGGCCUGAUAUAUGAUAGUUUAAUGGCGCGCAUCCAGGGGGCGCGAAUGGUGCAGACCAAUGGCGUCUGCUGAAACUUGUGAACUGUCAUUACGACAGUGACAUAAACAGCUGCUGCGCCCUUUAGCAAACCAGUCAUCGACUCUCUCCUGCCGAGUGAUGUUACUGCCACUUAGGAGUAUGGCCCAGGCUGUCAAUGGACCGACUAUCCGUAAGACAGCGCUCAAGAAGUCACCCAGUGCCCUGCUCAACUGCUAUACAGCUGAGGUAUGAACGGGAUAGAUUGGAACUACAAAAAAGGGUUACAGAGCAGCUGGUGUCAGAUGUUUUUGGUUUGUAUGAGAAGUCACUUUUUGUGGACUUGAAGCUUGAGGCUUCAAGAGGCAGUAUCUAUUGCCAUCAACUUUUUUUUGCGGCUCGAGUUCCUGGUGUGUGGCGUCUUCUUCGAGAGAUAUCCAAGUUUCAGCGCCCUGCUGGUGGCCCUCACAAUAACCUGCUUUCCAUCCAGCUGCCCAAUUUAGAGUGCCAAGAACUUCAAAAAUUUAUUAGGACACUCUACGAUGAUAAACUAAAUCGGGCAGCUGGUCUGGAUCUGAAAAGGAAACUUGAAGACACACUUGCUACACUCCAGCAAAGAGCACUCAUCAGUCAUAAGAAAUUGCAUAUUGAGAGGCUUAGUACUGAAGAGGAGCAGCACAUUCAACAGAUAAUUCUUGAACAACUCCGAUUAGGGCAGCUCAGUGAACGAAGAGGUAAUAUACAAGAUUUAGAGAGGUUCAUUAACCCAAGGGAUCCACGCUGCACUUGCUACAAGAAUGUCUCUGACACUGACUCAAGUACUUGUAAUACUGUUAAACUAAAACCUAAAUCAAGGGGACCAAGUCCAGUUACAGCUGUAUCUGUGAGGCCAAAAUCUAGUCAAAGGAUCCAUGUUCAGAUUCGUAAAACAUUGGGUAACACCAUGAACAUUGCAGACCCUAGUGUUGUAGAUAUUGGAAAUUGUGAAGCACGAGGUAGGCAACCUGUAGUGGAGAAAAAGGAAGUUUCUGGUGAUACUUGUGAUAAUAAUUUAGAUAAUGUAUACGCGAGUUCAGGUAAUUUGAGCCAGAAAGGCAAGAAAGCCUUGAAACCACUGUCACCAAACAAGAGGUCAUCUGGUGAUGACCUGUCUCCUGCUGGACAGUUAUCAAACCAAGAAUCUCCUGUGUUUAAUGUGUCAAUGAUUAAGGAAUUACAGACAUCACCUAUGCAGGUGAGUGGAGAAACAUUUCAGGAUAAGUUGAGAGAAAGACAGGAUUGUUCCCCACCCAAAGCUAGUAAGGCAAAAAACUCCAUACCAACACCAGUGGAAUCCCUAAUAAAGGAAGCAGAACAGAAAUGUGGGCUAGUUUCUGUAAAUGGAGAAUCUAGUCCAUUUAUCCUGGAGCGUGUUAAAGUAAAGAAACCUAAGUACAGUGCCAUGUCGAAUUCAAAAGAAAAACCUUCUCUUCAUCAGGCCACUAAUGCUACUAAAUAUAAUUCUCUACCUGCUCAAUCAGCAUCUACCUCAAAAACAUCCCAGCAACAAAAAAGUCAAUCUUUUGGUGCAGAAUCUCAGGACAGCGGGGAUUUUGAUACAACCAGUGUUAGUGUCAGUAACAGUGGUAGUGAUCAGAGGCUAAGUCAUCUCCAUGAGACAUCCAGCCUAGAGGUGGAAUUACCCAGCAGCCAUGAUGAUAACUCUAGUAGUCAUGAUUCUGAUGAAGGCCCUGUUGUUCUUCCACUACAGGUUAAUGUUAUAAGAAGUACUAGUGAAGUCAGUAAGGGGUCACCUGAUGGAAAUCAAAUUGAUGUGGAUGUUGAUGGUUUUGUGGAUGAUGAAUCGGGUUGUCCCAAAAGACCACUGGUAAGAGCAAGAACUUUUGAAGUAUUUCACCCUCUUGUAGAUGGUGUACCAAGUGAGUCUCCAACAUCCUCAUUCAAAGCAGAUAAGGUGAAAGCGGAAAAAGAGCAGACGCCAGAGUCUGAUGUAUCAAGUAGGUCCGUUAGUACUCAUCAUGUUACAUUUAUUUCAUCAAAAAAAAGUGAAAGCAAUCCUAGAGAACCAAGGAGUGUAGAUAAUGGUAAGGAAAGAAAAAUAUCUGAUGAAUCUGUAAGCUUGUAUCAGGAUAAUAUGGAAGAUCCAGAAAAAUUGAGGGAAAUUGAAAGAAAGAAAGGUUCACUACUAUUUGAACAUAAUUUCCAAACAUAUUCAAACAUUCCAACUACAAAUAUGAUGACAGCAAGUUUGAUGACUGCUAGUAUAAGCUCAGAGAGCAGUGUGGGUGUAGGAUCAUUGUAUAGCAGCAUGAUGGAUAGUGCAAUGUUGGGUAGCAUUCACUCCCUUGGUGGGUUAGAUGUGCCAGUUGUAGACCCCAUACCUCGACCAGCAUCUGUAGGUCUGCCAGUAAUACACACCUUGGAAGAACCUAGUUGUGCAACUCAUGUUAUUGUUAAUCAUCCUGUCCUGAAAGGGCAAAAGAGUACUGAACAAAUGGCAUUAGAACUCCAAAGAGAAAUUGCAAGGAGAGGACAAGGAACUAGGUCUCCAUCACCAGAUUCUCUUUGUGUUGACUUAGUAGCUAAAAGAGAACUGGACACUUCUCAGAGAGGAAAAGCUACACCAGAACAGUCUUUUGAAGUCAUGGAAAAUAGUUCUUCCAGCAUCAAUAAGGAAGAAAUGGAUGAUGAAGAGAAGGAAAAAGAUGAUAGGGAAAAUGAAAGUAAGAGCAGUGAGUCAAGUAAUAGUGAAGCAAAAGGCGAUUCUAAGGCUGGUGCAAGGGGUGAAUCCAUAUAUACCUCUCUGACAAAUAUUACUGGAAGCCCAAGAUUAGCAAGGGCAGUUUCAGAAAACAUUCCAAUUGUCUCUGGUGGCUCUACUCUUAAGCGAGAGAAAGAAAGUGGUGAUACGGCAUCCAUUUCUAAAUGUGAUAGACAGGUUAGUGUUGGUUCAGUCAAAGAUGUUGAUUCUAUUCCUCUGGUGUUUGGAUACAUUGGUCCUCAGGAUGAAGAUGGUAUAAAAGAAGCCAACGAAGUGAAGGAACCUGGCACUGGAGAAGAUGAGGAUAAACAACAGUCAAUUUUUUCAAUGUUCAUUGACUUUAAUGAAAUACCAACUCCUCCUACAGAGGAAGCGCAAGAGGAUAAAAAAUCAAGCUCAAAGGCCAAAGCCCAGUCAUCAGGUGUGUACAUGUAUAUAGAAGCUGAUACUCCAUCACCAAAAACUAGAAGAAAACGAAAGUCAGAGAGUGAUGGUGCUGUGUCAACACAGUUGGCUGAAUCUCAACCUGAAGAUGGGCAUUCAUCUCUUCCGCCUGUCCUCCCAGACACAAGUAAAUCUCAAAAAGUUAAUAUUGUCAAAUCAAGCACUAAAGGAGAAAAUAAUGGAGGCUCUGAUGAUGGUGGGAGCAAAGAAAAGAAAGGCUUUUUCAUGUUUAUUGAGGCUGAAACUUCAUCAAAAACUGGUUCUCCCAAACCAAAAAGAAGACAGGCACCUCCUCCAAAAAAGAAACCGGAAGUGUGUAAUGUUAUGACACGAUCUGCUCCUAGUGAUUCCCUUAUUUUUUCAAGCCCAGAAAGUUCAAGUAAGCUAAUGACUAAAUCAGUUAUAGAUCGGGAUGAAUUUAUUGCUCAACCACCUACAAGGAAAAAUGUAAGUUUAAAUGACAAGAUAAAUGAAUCAUCCAAUUCAAAAGACAGUUCAUUUGUUUCAGGAAUUCCCCGCCCUAUCCAUUCACUGAAAAGUAAAUCUCCGAAUUUGAAAACAAAUAAGGUGAAAGGUCAGCAUAAACAGGAAACCAGUUCACAACGAGAAAGUUCUGUGUCUAGAACAAAGGAUGACCAGCCUUCAGAAACCAAUGAUAUGGCAACUAGCAAAGAUAUUUCCAUAUCAGAGUUGGGACCAUCUCAAAGCAUAUCAUUGAGUGAAGUGAUGUCAACUAGUCUCCCCAAGGAAGCUGAGAUUUCUGAGGUGUCUGAUGUCAGUAGUCUCCUUAGCAGCAUUGAAAGAUCUAAUGAAACCUCUGAUCAAGCAGGCACCGAGUCUUGUUCACAGCUAGGAGAAGAUUUACUUCGUAUGUUCCUGAAUGAAAUUAACACAGAUGUAACAAUUCAAAUUGGUGAAAAGCGCAUUAGAGCACACAAGUGUAUUUUGGCGUCCCGCUGUGUAUACUUCGCGGCUAUGUUGUCUGGUCACUGGGUUGAAAGUGCUGGAAAUGUCAUAAAACUACAAGGGUUUUCAGCUGAUAGUGUGAUGGUAGCAUUGAAGCAUAUAUAUAGUGGAUGCAGUACGGUACCUGAUGGAGUGAGAGUUGGAGAAUUAGCAGCACUCGCAGACAUGUUGGCCUUAGAUGGUUUAAAAGAUGUUAUUUCACUUCACCUUAAGGCCAAAAUGUGCCAUUAUUUUCAUAAGCCUUGUUCUGGCUGUUUGGAAGGCGUAUUAGAUGUCUUACCUAUUAGUGGAGCUUACUGUCUGGAUGAAUUGUACCACCGUUGCUUACGCUGGGUUGCUAAACAUUUUGUAGUAGUAUUGCCUACCAGGAACUAUGCUGCCCUUCCUCCUGAGGUGCAGGAUCGAUGCCUUAAGCAACUUAUAGAUGACAUGAGUGUGAGUAAUGUCAUAGAAACUGCCUUGGGGUGUGAAAGAGUACUUUCCUCCUUGCCAAUGGUGCGUUGGGCCCAACCAGUCUUUGAAUCUGCAGCACAGCUUUUAGAAUCUGCUACAAGCUUCAUAGCAGCCAAUCUUAGUGGCGUUUUAGCCUCAGACAGGUUUAUUGCCUUAGGGAAAGAUAGUGGCUGGAGCAUAGACAGUUUAGAGGAUACAAUGCAUGUUGCCUGUGAACUUGUGCGCCCAGAUCAAGCCGUCUUGUCUCAUGUACAGUUAACAAAACUUCUUGAACAAAGUCAUGAUGAUGGUGUGCCUGAAUUCUCUGAGACCUUUGUCAGUUUCCUUGAAAACUUACUUAAUCAAGUGGAGAAGUUUAUGGUUCAUAAUGCUAAUAGGGUUGCUGUAUGCCGCAAAUGGCCUUUAUUACCGACGAGUACACAACGGAGAAUAAAAGAUGCUGCCAUGGUGGUGGUUGAAUUUUCUCGCCCAGUCGGAUCCAGGCCUAGGCUCUCUUCUGCCAACAGGAGAGCCCGUGGAAGCAGCAGUGACAGUUCUGGUACUCCUGGGCGUGGUGAUCAAAGACUAAUGAGAAGUGCUAGUGCAACAGCUGUUCCCUCAUCACAGAGGACAACUCCGAGACGACCACCUCUCUCUGGGCAGAAUCCAACAAGAUGUCAGACUCCCCCUGCUAAUCUUUCUCGUCUUCGCACUCAAACUCCUCCCCCUACAAGAGCAUCUACUUUACGAGCACAAGCUAGACAAGCAGCAAUCCAAAGAUCACAGUCAGCUCGCACUGUAGCAGAGCGCCCAUGUCGACCUAAACAAGCUAAUAAUGACACUUCAACAGACGAAGAUACCCAGUCUAGUAACAAGAGAACAGCACCAGUUGGAACGUUCACCCGUGGUGCAACCUUUACGCGGUCACUCUCUCGUCCCAGUCCUGGUUGCCCACGCCCCCAAACCCCCAACAGUGCUCAAGGUCCAUCAACUUCUCGCCCACGCACACCAGCCUCAUCAGAACCUUCACAGUCAGCCAAAAGGGCAGCUCCACUUCAGCGCACACCAAGCCAUACCACCACAGGAAGCUCAGCCUCAGAAGAUGAAAUCUCAAACAGAAAAUGCAAUUCAGCUCCAAGAGGUCAAACAAUAUCCUCUCUAAAUGAGGGUUCAGGAGAUGGUUCUAAGUUUGCUCGAACGCAGUCGGCAGAUUUACGGUCAAGGACCCCAACGAGGCGUUCAGAAGUGCGAGGCACUAUUACAAGCAAUCUGAGGUCGAGCCGCAGUCAACGCGAAGUCCAGUCUUCAGCCCCUAAUCUUACCGAGACUAGUUCCCCUACAUCACAUGUACCUAAAACUGAAAAAAUAGAGCCACGUAAGCAAGUUGAUGCUAGAAAUGGCAAUAUAAUUGCCCGUUCAAGAAGUGCAGUAAUGGGUCGAGCAGCAAGAUCACCAAUGAGGGAAUCUGGUCGUAAUCAUGGAAUGAUGAGUGGUAGAGGAACUAGUCCAUCCUCUUCACGUACCUUGACUUCCAGUGCCACAGACCUUCGAAGUAGAUCAUGUAGUGUUGCAAAUAAAAAAAUAGAUAGUACUGCUACCCCUCCAAUGGUCAGCAGUCGUUCAAAUACAUUUUCAAAGGAUGGUUCGACAUCUAAUAGAAAAUCCAUUGUUCCCUAAUUAGUUGUAGUGCACUAUAUAUAAUGCCAGUCUAAGUAAGCUGUUUGGUAUAUUCUUAAGAAGUAAGUUGAUAAAAACGAAUAUUGGGAAACGAGAUAUUCCAGUACAAUCGUGUAUAAAUACAUAAACAUCUAGCUGAAAUGCUUUUCUCACUACAGUAUAUUCUAAUAUUUCUGUGCCAUAGCUGUAUUCUGUAUCAUAUUAGUAUGAGUAGUUUCAUCUCUUAGCCCCUCGGAAUAUGUUAAUCACUCAUGUUCCACUUAGUCUUAACUGCUGUUGCCAGUAGUUAUCCCAUGUUUUUUUCUAGUCAGCCUGGUACGGGAUCUUCCUGUAAGAAUUGUGUGUCCUGUGUGAAUUGGGAUUUCAGAGCCAUAUUCAGCAGACAUGACAAUUGUUUUUCAUUUUUAUGCAUGGCUCUUCAUUAACAGACGUAAUACUUUGCUUUGUAUGUAUUGUAUUUAGAAAAUUUGUUUACUGCACUAUAUGAAGAAACAGUUGGUCACAGGGACUGUUGAAUAUUGAAUUUAUACAAAUAUACAGAUUUUCAUAUAUUUCAAAGGGCCAUAUAUAGUUUAACUCUUUUGUAAGUACAGACUGUAUAAUGAAUCUAGGUGCUUUGUAAUUUCAUAUACUACUGUGUACCAAAGAUGAGAUUACAAUCUUUGUUCUGCUGAGGUUGCUUUUCAGAUGUCUGUGAUAUUUCCAUAUUAAGAAUAUUUUUUUGAAUUACAGAUAGGAUAGCACAAGCACAAAAAUAUUAUAUAUUUAGUUACUUUUCCAUGCUUGUACAUAUGAUCUUGCCAUUGUCGGGGGUGAAGCUCAAGCUUACCUCUUUUAGAACCUUGGCUAUAUGCUGUUUUGGGGAUCCUCAUUUGGAGAUAAUUUUUAAGGAACUUCAUCUGGAAACCCUAUCCCCAAGGAAAUUCAUCAUGAUGUGUUUUUAGCUUUGCUUGCCAAGGCCAGGAAAUGCAGGCUUGCCAAAAUUCACUUCAUGUACUUUGCACCUUUACCUAUGAAUAUUGUUGGAAUAUCAUACUAUAUCUGCUUCUACACCUUCAUUAAGUUCAGCUUUUUAACAUAUUGAAGGUCUAUUUCCUGUAAAGCCAUUUUUUAUAGCUGUCCCAAUGGGCAGUAAGCUUCUUUCAAGUAGUUUAAUGUGCGUUGGGCUGCUGUAUUUUUCUAGAAAUUAGUUUGCAUAAUGGAUUGGCUUUGUUAUUUUGAAGCUAAUUCCUUGAAAAUGCUUUCACUCCUUCCUUUCACAGGCUGUAACUUUUCAGUUUUGUUCCCAAAUUAUUUUGUCGUUUAAAAUAAUUUUUUCAUAUGCCUUUCGUGUGUAAGAGAUGCAUCAUAAAAAAUGUAUCUUACACAUUUUGUUUCUCGAGUGAAUAUUGGGCAGCUUAGGUAGAUAAAACUAGUAAUGAAUUGAAAUCCAGCAAGCUAGUUACUUCACCAAACUCAGAUUUUGUUUAAUUUUGUGUGAGAAGUGAAUAUUUUCAAAUAGUAAAUAUUUACAUACAGUAAGUCAACAGAUUUUAAUCAGGUCACAAUUAUCAGGAACGAAAGCCAAGUGUACUUUAAUGUGGAACGUGAAGUAGCCAGCAGAUGUUAACUGAUAUGUUUGCAAGCAGGUAAAUUAUUUAAUUUUUCACUUAUAAUUUCAUGUCCUUUCUGGGAAUCUUCACAGAAACUGACAAAUAUAUAUCUUUUCAUGAUUACAGAUAUAUAAAAAUGUGAUUGAUAUGAUUACUGUACAGUAUGCAAAGCAAGAAAAACAGUAUUAAUGAGAAUUUUUAUAAAGGAUAAAUUUUUGUGUAAAAUUAGGUUUUAUGAUUCAGGCAGAGCAUACAUUACACUGUGCAGCCACAUUAAUAUGUUGUUUUUGAUUAGUGAGACCUAGAAGAGACACCAUGUACCUAAAGUUUCAAACUACUUUUUUGAGAUACAGUAUUAUGUUUACCAAGAUAGCUUAACAUGACAAUAGUUAAUACACAUAAGUAUGAUAAUGCUGAAUGGCUCAUUCAAACCUUGCAUACCUUGUGACAUUUUUACAUUGUAUGUAUGCAUGCAUGCAUCGGUUAUUACAGUAUUUACAUUUAAAUGUGAAUGGUAAAUUAUUAGGAUGAAAUUUGUAUUUUUAAUUUUUUCUUUUAUUUUUGUUUAACAUCCUGAUAAAUACAUAUGACAACAUUUAUGUUCUGUUGAACUAAAUUAUAGAAUUGAAAUAAU